GGAGUGAUAGGUGCUAUCAGAUGUGUUUGAUAUGAAAAAUAAAGCUCUGUAUAAAUUGCCCCUCGCCAGGCCCAGCUGGACUUGCAGCAAACAUGAAGCUGAUUUUGAUCUUCAGUGCCCUCAUCGGGGCUUCCCUGUGCCUGGAAACCUUCGUGGGGCACCAGGUUCUCCGGAUCAAGACCAAAAAUGAGGAGGAGGUCAAGCAGCUGCAGCUCCUGGAAUCGCUGGAACACCUGCAGCUGGAUUUCUGGAUCAACCCCUCUGCCCCUGCCCUCCCUGUGGAUGUGAGAAUUCCUGCUGCCAGUGUCCAGCCAGUGAAAGCCUUCCUGGAAUCCCAGGGCAUUCAGUAUUCCAUCCUGAUUGAAGACCUGCAGGAUGUUCUGGAUAAAGAAAGGCAGGACAUGGCUGAGAGCGCCCAAAGGCAGCGCAGCACCAGCAGCUUUGACUUUGGUGCUUACCACACUCUGGAUGAUAUCAAUGCAGAACUGGACCAACUUGCAUCUGAGCACAGCUUUGUGGAGAAGAUCCAGAUCGGGGAAUCCUACGAGAAGCGGCCUCUGUACGUCCUGAAGUUCAGCACCGGAGGCUCCAACCGCCCGGCCAUCUGGCUCGACGCCGGCAUCCAUUCCCGCGAGUGGGUCACACAGGCCAGCGCCCUCUGGAUCGCCAACAAGAUUGCCUCUGACUAUGGAACAGAUGAGUCCAUCACCUCCCUGCUGGACAAGAUGGAUCUUUUCCUGCUGCCAGUGGCCAACCCUGAUGGAUUUGUGUACACUCACACCUCGAACCGCAUGUGGAGGAAAACCCGCUCCAAGAUUCCUGGCAGCAUCUGCGUCGGAGUCGACCCCAACAGGAACUGGGAUGCAGGUUUUGGAGGUCCUGGAGCCAGUAACAGCCCCUGCUCCGAUUCCUACCACGGGCCCAGCGCCAACUCCGAGGUGGAGGUGAAAUCUGUUGUUGACUUCAUCAAGAGUCAUGGAAACUUCAAGGCCUUCCUGACCCUCCACAGUUACUCCCAGCUCCUGAUGUACCCCUAUGGAUACAAAUGCACCAGGCCAGAUGACUAUGCUGAGCUGGAAUCUCUGGGAAGAGCUGCUGCCAAUUCCAUCCGCUCCCUCUAUGGCACCACCUUCCAAGUGGGCCCCAUCUGCACCACCAUCUACCAAGCCAGUGGGGGCAGCAUUGACUGGGCCUACGACAAUGGGAUCAAAUAUUCCUUUGCCUUCGAGCUGAGGGACACGGGGCGUUACGGGUUCCUGCUGCCCGCCAACCAGAUCAUCCCUGCUGCCAAGGAGACCUGGCUGGGCCUGAUGAAAAUCAUGGAGCACGUGAAGAACAAGUCCUCCUGAGAGCUGGGCUGGGACUCAGCUCUGCAGCACAGCUCAGAAAUCCUCCAUGAUGGCUGUUGUGAUAGAAAGGGCUGAAUAAACCCCUGUUCAUUCCCCCCA